UCAGCCGAGUGGAGCUGACCCUUGCCUGAGACUCUUCUAAAGACCACCUCCAGAAACAGAGUUCUUUCCCCCCCACCCCAGCUCCUCUUCCUCCCCUUCCCACUACAAUGCAUUCUUGACUGGCAGCAUCCGGACUCUAGGCAGCCCCAGAGAACCGAACCAAGCCAAAGAAAAGAAGAUCAGAGCCAAGACACUCUCUGGCUUGGGAUCUCAGAUGCCGGUCUUUCUUUGAGGAAAUCUCCUGAGAGAGAGAGCAGAAUUGGGGUGGGGGGGUUUGUGGAAGGGAAUCCAACCAGUCCCCAAGAUGGACACUUCUGGGCACUUCCAUGACUCUGGGGUGGGAGACUUGGAUGAAGAUAUGAAGUGUCCCUGUCCAUCUUCGGGGGACGAGCAGCAGCAGCAGUCACAGCAGCCACCACCACCACCGGCCCCGGCACAGUUGGCCCCCCAGCAGCAGCAACCGCAGCAGCAACAGCAGCCCCCAGCACUGGCACCCCAGUCUUCAAGGCCCCUCACCCAGCUCAACCAACUCCAGAGCCAACCUCUCCAUCACAGCCUGCUGCACUCUUCUCCCACCGCUUUCAGGGCCCCACCUUCCUCCAACUCUACCACCAUCCUCCACCCUUCCUCUAGGCAAGGCAGCCAGCUCAAUCUGAAUGACCACUUGGUUGGCCAUUCUCCAAGUUCAACAGCUACAAGUGGGGCCGGAGGAGGCUGCAAGCAUAGACAGGCGAGCCCACUGGUCCACAGGAGAGAUAGCAACCCUUUCACGGAGAUAGCCAUGAGCUCGUGCAAGUACAGUGGUGGGGUGAUGAAACCCUUGAGCAGGCUAAGUGCCUCCAGGAGGAACCUCAUAGAGUCCGAGCCUGAAAGCCAACCCCUCCAGAUCUUUAGCUCCAGCAAUCCACCCGAGAUUGUCAUCUCUUCCCGGGAGGAUCACCAUUCCAAUCAGACCCUGCUCCAUCAUCCAAAUGCCACCCACAACCACCAGCACUCUGGCACCAGCAGCAUCAGCACCUUCCCCAAGGCCAAUAAACGGAAAAACCAAAAUAUCGGCUAUAAACUGGGACACAGGAGAGCCUUGUUUGAAAAGAGGAAACGGCUGAGUGACUAUGCUUUGAUUUUUGGGAUGUUUGGCAUUGUUGUUAUGGUGAUAGAGACCGAGCUCUCUUGGGGGUUAUACUCAAAGGAUUCCAUGUUUUCUUUGGCCCUGAAAUGCCUUAUCAGUCUGUCCACCAUCAUCCUUCUGGGUUUGAUCAUCGCCUACCAUACACGGGAAGUCCAGCUCUUUGUGAUUGACAAUGGCGCAGAUGACUGGAGGAUAGCCAUGACCUACGAACGCAUCCUCUACAUCAGCCUGGAGAUGUUGGUUUGUGCCAUCCAUCCCAUCCCUGGUGAAUAUAAAUUUUUUUGGACAGCCCGCCUAGCCUUCUCCUAUGCUCCUUCCAGGGCUGAGGCUGACGUGGACAUCAUCCUUUCUAUCCCCAUGUUCCUCCGGCUGUACCUGAUUGCCCGAGUUAUGUUGCUGCAUAGCAAGCUCUUUACAGAUGCCUCAUCACGGAGUAUUGGGGCACUAAACAAAAUCAACUUCAACACACGUUUUGUCAUGAAGACUCUCAUGACCAUCUGCCCUGGGACAGUACUCCUAGUCUUCAGCAUUUCUCUGUGGAUUAUUGCCGCCUGGACAGUACGAGUCUGUGAAAGGUACCACGACCAACAGGAUGUAACUAGUAACUUUCUGGGUGCAAUGUGGCUUAUCUCCAUCACAUUCCUUUCCAUUGGGUAUGGGGACAUGGUUCCUCACACAUACUGUGGAAAAGGUGUCUGUCUUCUCACUGGCAUCAUGGGUGCCGGCUGUACUGCGCUGGUGGUGGCUGUGGUUGCCAGAAAGUUGGAACUCACCAAAGCCGAGAAGCACGUUCACAACUUCAUGAUGGACACUCAGCUCACAAAACGGAUAAAGAAUGCCGCAGCGAAUGUCCUUCGAGAAACAUGGCUUAUCUAUAAACACACCAAGCUGCUCAAAAAGAUUGACCAUGCCAAAGUCCGGAAACACCAGAGGAAGUUCCUCCAAGCUAUCCACCAGCUGAGAAGCGUAAAGAUGGAACAGAGAAAGCUGAGUGAUCAAGCCAACACCCUGGUAGACCUUUCCAAGAUGCAGAAUGUCAUGUAUGACUUAAUCACAGAGCUGAACGACCGGAGUGAGGACUUGGAAAAACAAAUUGGCAGUCUGGAGUCUAAACUAGAACAACUCACUGCCAGCUUCAAUUCCCUUCCCUUGCUCAUUGCGGACACCCUUCGUCAGCAGCAGCAACAACUCCUCUCAGCCGUCAUCGAGGCUCGGGGAGUGAGUGUGGCAGUGGGGACCCCCCACACGCCACUCUCCGACAGCCCUAUUGGGGUCAGCUCCACUUCUUUUCCCACCCCUUACACAAGCUCAAGCAGCUGCUAAAUAAAACUCCCCACACAGGAAGAAUUGCCGACAGGUCUUAAGAUGCAAGUCAACUUUCUCCCGGUCUUUCUGUCAUCACAGGAACAUUCAGGCUGAGUGGACAUAAAGAAUAAGAUUGAACUAAUUAACAAACUCAUGUUCAUUCAGAGUGCUUGGUUCGAUAUGCCUUGAAAUCAGAAAUCGAAUCUCUGUUUAGGUGCCUAUAUGUGGAAGAGGGAAAGAGAAAUGAAAGGAAACCAAACAUU